CAUCACUUAUACCAUUUGCAACAAUUGAGGAAGAUCUAAAAGAAUAUUAUAAUUACCCUGGAGAAUCUUAUAUUACAUAUGAAUCAGAAGAAGAUAAUUCAGAUACUGCUAGUUUUGAUUCUAAAAUUGGAGUAACAGCAACAUCUAAUAAUAGUAUUAUUAAUGAUGGUUCACAAUAUAAAUUGCCCAAAACUCGCAAAAUUAUAAAACAGUCAAAAUCAAGAUCAACCGUUUUCGCACCUUUUAAACCACCAGUCAAGAAAGCAAAGAUUUUAAAUUCUAAAUCUAAUUUGCAACAAAAUCAAUUUUAUAACACUCAGGAAAAUCAAUUACACAACACCCAAAAAAAUCGAUCAUAUAGCAUCCAAGAAAAUCAAUCAUAUAAUGCUCAAAAAAAUCAAUCAUAUUACGCUCAAGAAGAUCAAUCAUAUAACGCUCAAGAAGAUCAAUCAUAUAACGCUCAAGAAAAUCAAUCAUAUGAACUAGCGAAUCAUUCAAAUACUGCACAAAACUAUAUUCGACCUAGAAAUGCUUUUGAAUCC